AUGAACUUCUUCUUCGUUCUCAGUUUAUUGUUAAUUUUGAAUUUAAGCUCUACAAGGAGCCACAGGAUUGUGGGUGGAGGAAAUGCUAAAAAUCCAUAUCCUUACCAAAUAUCUCUUCAAGUCUUCAGCAGAGGACAAUACCAUCACAACUGUGGAGGAUCAAUUAUAAAUGAACGAUAUGUUGUUACAGCUGCCCAUUGCUUGGAAAGGUAUCAGGCGAGUCGAUUGGAAAUUUUGGCGGGAACUUCUACCCUCUCCAGCGGUGGUGAUAGAUACAAAGUCCAAGAAUUUUUAAUACAUCCCGACUACCAACGACUCUACACCAGCGAUAUAGCCCUCAUGAAAACUGACCGACCCUUUGAUUUCUCAAAUGAAAAUAUCUCAAGAGUCUCCUACAGUGAUGAAUAUGUCGAUGGGGGAGAAGAGGCAAUUCUUACAGGAUGGGGGAAUAUUUUCCCAAUAAGACCCGGUGCUAUUCCCAAUAAUCUGCAGCAAGUUAAUCUCGUUACUUUAAGUCAUUCCGGAUGCAGUAAUUUCCAAAAUGUCACCCCAACGGAAAUAUGCACACACAGGCUCUUUGGGGGUGCUUGUGGGGGAGAUUCAGGAGGUCCUUUGGUGAGAAAGAAAGAUAAAACCCUUAUUGGAGUUGUUUCAUAUGGAUUGAGAGUUUGUGGGACAGGAUAUCCUGACGUUUUUACCAGGACAUCCCCUUUCAAGCAAUGGAUCGAUGAGAACAGUUCUGUAACUGCUGACUAA